GUACUUGAUCAUUUUCAUGCUUGGAGCAGUCUUCUACCAGUGGUCCUGAACAUGUGUAUGGUCCAGCCUGCACCCGAUCAUGGUCUUGCAUGGAGCGUGGAGCAGCGAUAUUCCAGUGGUCCUGAACAUGUGCAUUGUCCUGCCUACAUCAGAUCAGUUUUGCAUGGAGCAGCCCUAUACCAGUGGUCCUGAACGUAUGGUCCCGCCUGCAUCAGAUCAGUUUUGCAUGGAGCAGCCCUAUACCAGUGGUCCUGAACGUAUGGUCCCGCCUGCAUCAGAUCAGUUUUGCAUGGAGCAGCCCUAUACCAGUGGUCCUGAACGUAAGGUCCCGCCUGCAUCAGAUCAGUUUUGCAUGGAGCAGCCCUAUACCAGUGGUCCUGAACGUAUGGUCCCGCCUGCAUCAGAUCAGUUUUGCAUGGAGCAGCCCUAUACCAGUGGUCCUGAACGUAAGGUCCCGCCUGCAUCAGAUCAGUUUUGCAUGGAGCAGCCCUAUACCAGUGGUCCUGAACGUAUGGUCCCGCCUGCAUCAGAUCAGUUUUGCAUGGAGCAGCCCUAUACCAGUGGUCCUGAAUAUAAGGUCUUAUCUGCACCAGAUCACGGUCAUGCACGGAUCAGCCCUAUAGCAAUGGUUCUGGAUCUCUAAAUUUAUAGAUAAUGUACGAAAAUCAAUAUUAGCGUUGCUAAUAUUGAUUUUCGUACAAUUUCAACCAUUUGACAUACAAAGUUGGUAUAUUUGUAUUAUUUAUAAUGACAAAGUAAAUGAGUCUUAAAUAUGCUAAAUAUAUUGGAGACCCAUCAGUGCUAUAUGAUUUUAUCUAGUUUAUUCACUUUAUUGUCCGUUUAUUGGAGACUUAUCUGUGAUUGUAUGUUUUAUGUCAGACCCUUGUGAUUUUAUUCACUCAAAAGUCCACUAAAGAACAACUCCACAAAUGUAUUCCUAAGUAUGUUAAAUUAAUCAAAUCAAGUCCUCAAAACAAUUUGACUUUUUGAGGAUGAUAUCCGUUGGAUCUUACUGAUGUUGGAUGUGAUGUUGCUUUGUUCCCUGAUAACAUAAGUGGGUUAGCUCUUCUAAUUCAAAUGAACAAUGGGCUAGACGUUGUAAUGAGGCAAUUGCCAAUAUUUGAAAAAUAACCAUUGUCGCAAAAUAAAAUAGCAAAAUUAAACAAAUGAUACUGAC